GAGCCUCCGUCGUUCAAACCCUUUCUUGCUCUUCGUCGCUUCAAUCGGAUCAAAUCCACGAUGCGAGAAAUCAAAGUUCUCAAAGACAGAAAAGAAAACAUGCCAAUUUAUCUGUUUUUCCAGAAAUAAGUAUAGAAUUAUGAUUUCUUAGCUACUCCUUCCCCUUAUUUCCCCCCUUUCAUUAACCUAACCUAACCCUAGCUUUUUCUUCUUCUUUUUGGUUUACUAUUUUUUAUUCGUUGUUUUUUCUCGGUUUAAAAUUAAUACGGAACUCUAGAUCCUUUUGAUCUUUUUUUUACUUGAUCGAAAUUUCGAUGUCUAUCGACUGUCGUUGUCUAUUCGGUGUUUAGUGUCGCCACAUAAUUUCCUCGCUUUUUUUAUUUGGGGGAUUUUUCUAACUCAGGAUUUCAUAUUAUAGUUAGAGUUUGGAUUUUUUUUCUGUACUUAUUUUAAGUUGGAUCGAUGGAGCCUCGUGUCGGCAAUAAGUUUCGGCUUGGUCGCAAGAUCGGUAGCGGCUCUUUUGGAGAGAUCUAUCUGGGUACAAACAUUCAGACAAAUGAAGAGGUUGCCAUCAAGCUUGAAAACGUGAAGACAAAGCAUCCUCAGUUGUUAUACGAAUCAAAGUUAUACAGGAUCCUGCAGGGAGGAACUGGGAUCCCGAAUGUAAGAUGGUUUGGAGUUGAGGGAGACUAUAAUGUACUGGUUAUGGAUUUACUUGGACCUAGUCUUGAAGAUCUAUUUAAUUUCUGCAGUAGGAAACUUUCCUUGAAGUCAGUUCUCAUGCUUGCAGAUCAAAUGAUCAACCGUGUCGAAUUUGUUCAUUCAAAAUCAUUCCUACAUAGAGAUCUUAAGCCAGACAAUUUUCUUAUGGGUUUAGGAAGGCGUGCAAAUCAGGUCUACAUCAUUGAUUUUGGCUUGGCUAAGAAAUAUAGAGACCAUUCAACUCAUCAGCACAUUCCUUACAGGGAAAAUAAAAAUCUGACUGGAACUGCGAGAUAUGCAAGCAUGAAUACGCACUUGGGCAUUGAGCAAAGCCGUAGGGAUGAUUUAGAAUCUCUUGGAUACGUGCUUAUGUAUUUUCUAAGAGGAAGUCUUCCUUGGCAAGGUUUGAAAGCAGGAAAUAAGAAACAGAAAUACGAGAAAAUUAGUGAGAAGAAGGUUUCUACUUCAAAUGAGGCCUUGUGUCGAGGUUAUCCAACAGAAUUUGCAUCAUACUUCCAUUAUUGUCGUUCACUAAGAUUUGAUGAUAAGCCAGACUAUGCUUAUCUCAAAAGAAUCUUUCGUGACCUCUUUAUUCGUGAAGGCUUCCAGUUUGAUUAUGUAUUUGAUUGGACCAUUUUGAAGUAUCAACAAUCACAGCUUGCAACUCCUCCAGCUCGAGCCCUUGGCCCUGGUGUUGGAACAAGUUCUGGCUUGCCCCCUGCUAGUGCAAAUGCUGACAAGCAUGCAGCUGGGCAGGACGGGCGAGCAGCUGGUAUGUCACCGAUGGAUUCCUCUCGGCGAAGGACAUCAUCAGGACCCUUGAUGUAUUCUGGAAAUUAUGCAAAGCAGAAGAAUCCAAUCCCAAAUGAUCCUGCAACUAAAGACUAUGCAUUUAUGGGGCAGUCCGGUGGAUCCUCUUCAAAAAGAGCUAGCGAUCGUGAAGCAGUUGCUGGAAGUGAGUUUGACCCACAACGUUCUCGUACAACUGAUGCUAGCCCUGGAAAGAUGCACAGACAUUUAAAUCAGCAGCGUAAACCUGUUGAAUCUUCUUCCAACUCUAAACAGGCAAUGUCUGGAAGAAAUACCAAGAACUACGAGUCUGCCCUCAAGGGGAUCGAGGGCCUUCAAUUCGAGAGUGACGAGAGACAUCAUUAUUAAAAUGGUCAGAUAUAGGAAUUUGGUUAAGUGUGAAGUGGUGGGUGUUUUGUCCUUGUUGGUGGGCUGAGUUGGAAGGAAUUUGCAAAAAGUUUGAGCUCUCGUGUUCUGCACCCAAAGCAUACAUUUCUGGAAGUGAAAUUUGGCCGACAUUGCCAUCUAAAAUGUUGGUUGCUUGUUAAGGGCUAUUAUUAUGGUGUUGCUAUUUUCCGACGCUUUUUAACUUGCUCUUUUAUGGUGGCGCCCCUUUCUUUCAUCUUAAGAUGGUUGAUUUCUCACUUGUCUGCGACUUCUCGGGGUUUGAAACAUUGACACUGUAAAUUUAUUGCCACUCUUCUUACCUUUUCCUUCACAAUAUUAGUUUGUUUUGCUUU